AUGACCCGCAUAGGCGUGAUGGCGGCACGUCUGCUGUCGCUGGCCAUGGCAGUUGCAUCCGUCGCGGCCGACACACCUGCCACCGUCACCGCUGCUCCCGAUGCGACGGACGUUGCCGCCGCCCUCUCGACGCUCUUGCCCACGGCCGCUCCAACCACCACCGAAGACACCAUCAGCGAUGUCGGUUUGUCCAUCGCCUGCCAGUCCGACCUCUUGGCCGCCUUCUUCUUGCACGCUGCCCCGUCCGACGACCUGGCCAGCGCUCUUACCUCGUACGGGUCGGUCUUGACGAGCCAGGCAUGCAGUGGUAGCGGUGGUGGCAGCGGUGGUGGUAGUGGCGCUGCCACCCCGCCGGCCACCGCCGCCGCGGACUGCUCGCCCGCGCCCUCGCUUUGGUGCGACUUCUCCAAGGUCGCCCCGUCGAGCGUGCUGUCCAAGUACACAUCGUACGGCCGCGCGGCGGCGUCGUUCUUGCCGUCGGGCAUUGCCCCGCUGUUGACGCUCGCGUCCGAGUGCCCUCAGGCGUGGUAUGCGGCCGCGACCAUGUUCCCGCAAGGGCCCGGCGACCUGCACGAUCUGGUGGUGCUGGGCGAGUGUUUUGCAACGGCACGUGCUGAAGCGAUUCCUUCGACAGCUACUGGCUCAGGAGCGACGGAAACAGCGAGCGGCACCGGCACGGACAAAAAGACGUCGGCGACAGCCUCGGGCACAGCGUCUGGAUCGCCGAAGCCAUCCUCUGGGGCAGGUGCGCUCACUGCUGCUACCAUGGCACUGCCUGUCGUAGUUGUAGCUUAUGUUACUCUGGCGAUGAUGUUGUAA